AACUUUCUUUAUUGUAGACUCCGACAUGAUAUAGUAGUUUAUUUUUCGUGAUUGUCAAACAUACACUAGUUUCUUUUUGCGGAGAAAAGAAAAGAAGGAAAAAAGAAGAUGAAAGGAAUAGAACACAGAACAGUGGAAGUGAAUGGAAUCAAAAUGCAUAUCGCUGAGAAAGGCAAAGAAGGACCGGUUGUUUUGUUCCUUCACGGCUUCCCUGAACUCUGGUACUCAUGGCGCCACCAGAUUGCUGCUCUCGGCUCCCUCAGUUACCGCGCGGUGGCUCCGGAUCUCCGUGGAUACGGCGACACCGAUGCUCCAGCUUCCAUUAACAGCUAUACGAUUUUCCAUUUGGUUGGUGACAUAGUUGCUCUUAUUGAUUCACUCGGUGUUGAACAAGUGUUUCUCGUGGCUCAUGAUUGGGGUGCUCUUGUUGGAUGGUAUUUAUGCUUGUUUCGCCCUGAAAGAAUCAAAGCCUAUGUGUGUCUCAGUGUUCCUUUUGUCCGUAGAAACCCUAAAGUCAAAACCAUAGAUGGUAGGCGAGCUGCUUAUGGAGAUGAUUAUUACAUGUGCAGAUUUCAGGAACCGGGCAAAAUGGAAGCUGAGAUGGCUGAAGUUGGCACUGCAUAUGUGCUGAAAAAUAUCCUCACAACUCGCCAAACUGGUCCUCCAAUUUUUCCAAAGGGAAAGUAUGGAACUGGAUUCAACCCGGAUACUCCCGACACUUUACCCUCUUGGCUCACAGAAGAUGAUCUUGCUUAUUUUGUAUCCAAAUUUGAGAAAACUGGCUUCACUGGAGGAUUGAACUACUAUAGAAACUUUAACUUAAAUUGGGAGCUCACAGCACCAUGGACUGGAGUCAAAAUCAAGGCGCCUGUGAAAUUCAUUACAGGUGAAUUAGACAUCGUAUACACCACGCCCGGCGUGAAGGAGUAUGUCCAUGGAGGAGGAUUCAAGGAAGAGGUGCCAAAUUUGGAGGAAGUGAUUGUGCAAAAAGGUGUGGCUCACUUCAACAAUCAAGAAGCAGCAGAGGACAUCAGUAAUCACAUUUACGAAUUCAUCAAGAGGUUCUGAGCUGAUCCGCCUGUACUCCAUCCUCUUAAUAAGAUGCUUGAUCUAUCUCUCCAGGUCAAGCAAUAACAUACCUCUUCAAUGUAUGCCUUCUGAGAAAGCUUAAUUGUGGAUAUAGUGUUAAUUAUGUCAAUUUGCUUCUAUAAAUGAUAAAUGAAUCCAAAAGAGAAUUGCACAUACAUGUUUCUGGAUAAAAAAAACGAAACAUGCUGUGUAAUUUGUUGUGUGUAAUUAGUUGUUUGACGCAUAAAUCAUGAAGUGUAAAACAAUCCAAGUGGAUAUUUAAAUGUUGACAAAAUGGCUGGAA